AUGGUGGCUACUUUAUUUAAUGAAACUCCUGAACAUAUCAGUAGUUUAAUUCAAAAUAUUCCUCUGGUUGAAUAUUUUGCAAAUUCAAAACCAAUUCCAGAUUCAGAAUUACCUGGAUAUUCAUCAAUUUAUAGAAAUUCAACUAGUGAUACAUUAUUAGAAAGUUUACAUCCAAGUAUUACAACUUUACAUGAUAGUUUUGAAAUUGCCUCUUCACUUUAUGCUAAAAAUCAAUGUUUAGGUAAAAGGAUAAAAUUAGAUGAUGGUUCAUUUGGUAAUUAUCAAUUUCAAACAUUUCAAGAAAUUAAACAAAGAAGAAAUAAUUUAGGUUCAGGAAUUUAUUUUAUAUUAGAAAAUAAUCCUUAUAGAAAUGAAAAUCAUAAAAAUUUAAAUUAUAAUGCGACUAAUUCAGAUUCAUUUAUUUUAACUAUAUUUUCUCAUAAUAGACCAGAAUGGGCUUUAACUGAUAUAACUUGUGCAUCUUAUGGUAUAACAUCAACUGCUUUAUAUGAUACAUUGGGAAGUGACACAAGUAGCUAUAUCUUAAAAUUAACUGAAUCACCAAUUGUUAUAUGUAGUAAAGAAAAAAUCAAAUCAUUAAUUGAAUUGAAACAAAAACAUGAUUUAUUGAAUUUAAUAACUAUUGUAUCUAUGGAUUCAUUAGAAAAUGAUGAACAAUUAAAAGAACUAGCUCAUUCGGCUAAAAUUUCAUUGUUUGAUUUGAAUCAUGUUGAAAAAUUAGGUGAAGUUAAUCCUUUAGCACCAAUUGCUCCGAAACCUGAAAGUUUAUUCACAAUUUCUUUUACUAGUGGAACUACAGGUAGUGUACCAAAAGGAGUAGCAUUAACUCAUGCUAAUUUAGUUGCAAGUAUUGGUGGUCAUUUAUGUGUUUUGGGAUACGCCCCAAAUAGAUGUCAUUACAGUUUUUUACCUUUAGCUCAUAUUUAUGAGAGAGUUUUAUUACAAGUUGCUUUAAUUCUGGGUAUUAAAAUAGGUUAUCCUCAGGGCCCAUCUCCAUUAACUUUAUUAGAUGAUAUUAAAGUUUUACAACCGACUUUCUUAUGUUUAGUUCCAAGAGUUUUAACAAAAUUAGAAGCUGCUAUAAAAGCUCAAACUAUUAAUGGUGAUUCAUAUAUAAGUGGAUUAUUUAAAAGAGCAAUUGAGUAUAAAUUAAAACAUCAUACAAAAAAUUUCCAAAAUCCACCUCAUAUAAUUUAUGAUAGAUUAUUAAAUAUCUUGAGAAGAAAAAUAGGUAUGGGAAAUGUUGAAUUUCUUGUAUGUGGUUCAGCUCCAAUAAGUUCAGAAACUGUUAAAUUUUUAAGUGCUGCAUUAAAUUUACAAAAAGGUUUAUUUAAUGGGUAUGGAAUGACUGAAACAACUUCUGGUGUUAGUGCAUGUGUUGGUAAUUCUUUAAUUGUAUCAGUUGGUGCUAUAUCAAGUACUUGUGAAAUAAAAUUAAUGGAUUUACCAGAAAUGAAUUACACUUCAAAAGAUGCUGAAGGCCCAAGAGGUGAAUUAUUAAUUAGAGGCACACCAAUUUUCAAAUAUUACUACAAAAACCCAGAAGAGACUGCUAAGUCAUUUGAUGAAGAUGGUUGGUUUCACACAGGUGACGUUGGUUAUAUAAAUCCAAAUGAUGGUUAUAGAUUGUCAAUAAUUGAUAGAGCUAAAAAUUUCUAUAAAUUAUCUCAAGGAGAAUAUGUAAGUCCUGAAAAAAUAGAAACGGUUUAUUUAUCACAAUUUCCAUAUAUUCAACAAUUAUUUGUUCAUGGUGAUUCAAAUAAUAAUUUUUUGGUUGCAAUUGUUGGAUUAGAUCCAAAUAUUCAAGAAUAUAUAUCACAAAAACUUGGAGAAAAUAUCAAUCAAGAUGAAGCAAUUUUAAAAUUUAUAAAUAGUAAUAAGAAACAAUUUUUAAAAGAUAUGAAUGAUUCAAUAGCUAAAGUUGGAUUACAAGGAUUUGAAAAAAUUCAAAACUUAAAAGUUUAUUUUGAACCUUUAACAAUUGAUAGAAAUGUUAUUACUCCAACCUUAAAAAUCAAAAGACCAAUAGCUGCUACAUUUUUCAAAGAUGAUAUUGAUGAAAUGUAUAGAGAAGGUAAACUUUUAAAUAAUGGUAACUUGUAA